GGGGGUGAACGCAGUCUUCGUUUACACGUUGCUAAGCAACAGUACAGCCCUCUGAAGCCGCUUCGAGUUGAGUAAACUCCCACAGUUUUUACAAACUAGGUCCAAAAUUAGCGUUCAAAAAUGUUGUCUUUUGGUCCAAACGUGAGACUGUCACUGCAGGAACAGAAAGCGGAGCUUCAAGAUAAAAUUCAGCUGCUGGAGUGCGAAGGGACUGCAUUUUAUGAGCGUUCUCAGUCCGUUAUCAAGAAGAACCAUGAGAUCAUCCUCCAACUGAGGCCGGCGAACCAGAAGCUGCACAAAGAACUGGCGCAGGUUGAGCAACACAACUUGUCAAAAGAGAAAGCAAUUUCAAAACUAGAGCAAGAGCUGUUGUUCCGAAGAAGACGUCUCGAUGCUCUAGCCCACACCACCCUAAAGUACCAGCAGCGCCUUGAUGAGCUUAGAAUGGAAGAAGAGAGAAGGAACCAGGAUCAGAGCAGGACACCUGCGUCUGCUGUAACUUGGGAGUUUGAGCUAGAGGAAGACGCAAUGAAUUUUCGUAUGCUGGAGAACCGUCUGGAUAAAUUUCAGUUCAAGUGCAAGGAGGCUGAAAAAUGCAGGAAGAUCAAUGUGAAGCUCAAGGCACAGAUGCAGGAUGAGUUUCGGAGUUACGGAGCACAGAUCGACAACUUAGAAAAGGAAUUGCUGAAGUACAGACAGGAGCUUCACAACCUGGAGGGCCUAAAUAUGGAGGCUUACAUCUCGAAAACAACUACUGAGGCUGAGUUACACCAGCUGGAGGAAGAGCUGUUGAAAGAGCACAAGGAGAGAGAAAGUAACAUAGCGAGGUUAAGGCAGAAAGCUGAUCAGCGCAAGGUUCAGACUGAAAAGCCUGACAAAAAGGCACAGAGAACAGUUCUGGAGGCAGAUGACUUGGAUAGCGAGGCCCAGCAAAGCACCAGGAUCGUACCUGAAGAAGAGAAAGUCAACCCCAUCUAUGAGGAGAUCUUAAAGAACCUCAAGGAAGCCACCGGAGUCUCAGAUUUACAGGACGUUGUGGAGCAUUUUACCUCAGAGAAGGAGAAUUGUGAACGUUUAGAGAAUCUGAAGAAACAGAAUGAAGAGGCCCUGGAGAAGCUGAAGGAGGAGAAGGAGCUGCUUAGGCAACAGUUUGAUAAAAUGAAAUACUCUGGGGAGGCUAAGCUGUCCAGUGAGAUAAAGAAGUUGGAGGAGUGUGAGCAGCAGCUGCAGGUUCAGCUACAGAGACGUGACGCAGACGCAGAGCGCCUUGCCAACAACGUGAAGGCCCUCGGCGCCAUCCGAGCCGGAGUGGAGCAUCUGGCAGGGAAACUGCAGGACAUCUCUCUUACGGAGGUCAAACCUUUCAAAUCCUCCCCAACUUCAGACGAGUUUGUGCUGGAGCUUUUGAACCAGUGUGGCGCAAAACUGUGGGUCUUACUAGAGGAACUUGAAGGGAAGGACAUGGCCUCUGUCAUGAAGGAGAUAGAAGAAGAUGAGUUCUACACCACGAUUGAAGGGAGGCUUCCCAAGACCAACACCAAAGUGCAACUGCCAUACAGACCAGUAAAGGAAAUCGGCAAAGAAGAGGGUGAAAUCAGAGAGGAUGAGCUUGACAUCAUAUCACGAGAUGCCCUGAAGCGUCAGUCUCAGCUCCUCAUUGAAAACAACUUGAGCAAAAAGCCUUGGAAAAAAUAAGUCCUGAUCCAAAGUAACAAGAGCAACACAAAGUGUUGCACCACUGUGAAGUAGAAGGAAAAUGACACGUGGUGAGGCUGUUUUUCCCAAAUAAAAAUGUGAGAAAUGGCGUACUCAGAAGAAUAUUCUCAAGUCGGA